AUGAGUACCUUUCCAACGUGGAAGGAUCGGAUGCAGAACCAGAGCCAUUUCGGAAAACUUCAAAUUCAGGUCCCAUGGCGCUCAUUCCUUCCUCAUCGUAUGCGCCGCAAGAUUAGGUCAAAGCUCCGGAGCCACAUGUCACCAGCAUCAUCCAUCUCGACGCUGCAGACGUCGUUCUCGCCCGUUGACACGCUCCGCUCCCUCCAGGCUCACCGGUGGACCAUGUACGACUUCCAGUAUCUAUUGCUUCUAAUCAUCGGCAUCUUCUCUUUGACGAUCAUCCAAUCUCCUGGUCCUCUGGGCAAGACCGCCAUCGCCACGCUUCUCCUGUUCUCUCUCCUUAUGCCCAUCACCCGCCAGUUCUUCCUCCCCUUUCUGCCUGUUGCUGGGUGGCUUAUCUUUUUCUAUGCUUGCCAAUUCGUCCCGAGCGACUGGCGGCCUCCCAUCUCCGUCCGCGUACUGCCGGCUAUGGAGAAUAUACUUUACGGUGCCAACAUCAGUAAUAUCCUCUCAGCCCACCAAAAUGUGGUUCUCGAUAUUUUGGCUUGGAUUCCGUAUGGCCUUUGUCAUUACGGUGCCCCAUUUGUCGUUUCCCUCAUCCUCUUCUUCUUCGGACCCCCCGGUACUACUCCCCUCUACGCUCGGACUCUGGGAUACAUUAGCAUGACCGCUGUGGUGAUUCAGUUGGUGUUUCCUUGCUCUCCCCCGUGGUACGAGAACCUGUAUGGUCUUGCUCCCGCAGACUACUCGAUGCAGGGAAACCCAGCUGGUCUCGCUCGUAUCGACAAGCUGCUCGGCAUCGAUAUGUACACUUCCGGAUUCAAGCAGUCUCCCGUGGUUUUUGGUGCCUUUCCGUCUUUGCACGCUGCGGAUUCCACUCUGGCCGCCCUCUUCAUGAGCUCGGUCUUCCCUCGUAUGAAGGUCGUUUGGGUCACUUACACCCUCUGGAUGUGGUGGGCGACCAUGUACCUCUCGCAUCACUACGCGGUUGAUCUGGUUUGUGGUGGUUUGCUUGCCACCGUGGCAUUCUACUUCGCCAAGUCCCGCUUCCUCCCGCGCACCCAGCUCGACAAGAUGUUCCGUUGGGACUAUGACUACAUCGAGGUUGGUGACUCCUUGCAUGAUGGUUACGACCUUGCCAGUCUCGAUGGCGACUUCAACCUCGACAGUGAUGAGUGGACUGUGGGCUCUUCGUCCUCGAUCUCAUCUGGCUCUACGAGCCCUGUUGACGACCACUACGCUUGGGAGAGCGAGACCUUGACCUCAAACCAUGACGUUGAGGCUGGUCGCUAA